AUGAUGCCCGGCCCUUAUAUGCCUGGUAGGAGGCAGGAGCAGCAGUACUACCACCACCAUAUCCCGCCCCAGACACACUCGCCCGUCCACCACAACCCCUAUGCCGCCCCUUACCACCACCUCCAGCAGUACGGGCCUCCCCAUGGCUACGCCCAACACAUGCAGCCUAUGCAGCAGCAAUGGUACCCUUAUCAGCAACCACCGCCGCCCCCGCCGCAGUAUGCCAUGCCUCCGCGCCAGUUCCAGCCUCAACCCCAUGCCUCGCCUGUCGUAGUCUCUUCGCACCUGCACAUGGCCCCGCCAGUCAAUCGCGCCAUGGGUCAAACGCCCCCCAUCGUCCAUUCACGCACUCCGCCUGCUCCCCGUAUGCCCACUCCCCAGCCGGCGCCGUCCACAGCUUCACUCCAGUCGCACACCCAAGUCACCUCUCCGACCCCGCAGACAAGCACCAGCCUCGACACCUCUCCCCCGGUUGCUGACUCAAAGCCUACUCAGGCAGCCCCGACCACCCCGCAAUCCAUCGCAUUCAAGCCCUUCUAUCCGCCUCUACCCUGGCUGUCCGUCCCCGACUCAGAGUUCCCGGCGCGCGCUGCGCGAGGGCGGAGAAGGCGAAGAGCCCCCGUGUCUACCGAAGAGCAGGCUUUGGCGCUCCCGUCACGCGAGCAGGCUGUGGAUGAGGAUGACGCCAACGAAUUUGAGCAUCACACUGAGGGCGAUCUGACUCCAACUGAAGAGCCUGAAGAAUCACAGGCUUCGACUAUUGCGGGGCCCUCGGACGCUGAAGUCGAUACCCCGUCUACCUCACACCCGCCUUCCGAGGCCGAUUUGGCGCAAUCUAUCACACCGUCUACUACAACACCAUCCGCCGUGCAGUCGCCUGCGCAGCCCUCGGCUACCGUCAAAAAGCAUGCCCGCAACAGCACGAUCCCCGCCGUACCCCGCAUCCCUGUCAAAUCCGCAAAAGCACCAAGUGCGGCUUCUACUACACAACAGUCGGUCAAGUCGCCCGCUGCGACUCGCAGGGAGUCGACACAGGCUGAAGACGCAGUGGCGGCGACACCGGACGCGGGCGCAAACGCCGAGGAGAUGCCAUCAGCAUCUCCGCCUAAGCAGGCAGCGCCAAAAUCAUGGGCAGAGUUGCUUCGAGCAAAGAAUGCUCCUGCUACAGCGCAGCCAGCUCCUGUGCCCAACGGCGCUGUUGCUGCUCCCAAUGGCCCAGUCGUGCCGAAAAACAACACACUUGCCGAUAUUCUGGCGUCUUUCUCAGUCGAUUCAGGAAAAAAGGUUUCCUUCAUCGAGCCUCGUGGUCUGGUAAACACGGGUAACCUCUGUUAUAUGAAUUCGAUUCUUCAAGUACUUCUAUUCUGCGUUCCUUUCUACGACUUCCUUGAUCAGGUUGCCAAGCGCGCUGCUCAUAGCUUCAAAUCUGAGACACCUCUUGUUGACGCUAUGAUCAUGUUUCUACGCGAUUUUCGACUCAUCGACUCUGCGAACAAUGUCGAACAACUCCGACUCCGGCUGAAAGGCAACGAGCUUGAGCAGUACGGCGACCCACUUACGCCCGAGUACGUUUACGAUGUUAUCAAGCGUUUGCCUCGUUUCGACAAUAUGAAGAGGGGUCAACAAGAAGAUGCUGAGGAGUUUCUGGGGUUCUUGCUUGCCGGACUGCACGACGAGUGCGUGCACAUCAUCAAGAGUGGGAAGCAGAGCCAGCCCGCAGAAACCAGUACAUCACCCAAUGCUGAACGCUCAGGAUCUAUUGACGGCGGCUGGGAAGAAGUCGGACAUAAGCAGAAGACCGCUAUCACGCAGAACUCUGGUGCCAUUGACAUUGAGAGCCCGAUCACAAAGAUAUUCGGUGGAAAGCUGCGCUCGGAAUACAAGAGACCCGGUGAAAAGGCUUCCGUUACGUUGGAACCGUACCAACCGCUUCAACUUGAUAUUGGCGAGCCCAAUAUCAACAACAUCUCCGAUGCCCUCAAGAACUUGACACGCCUGGAGACAUUGGACGGUGCGGCUCGCGGGGCCAAGGCCUCUACAAAGCAAGUGCACAUUGAGACUCUCCCACCAGUCUUGAUACUUCAUUUAAAGCGCUUCCACUAUGACGAAAAGGGACCACAAAAGAUUUGGAAGAAGAUUGGGUAUCCCCUAGAGCUAGAGCUUCCUAAAGAGGUCUUCCCGCCACACAAACGAGGCAGCUAUCAGAUUCAAGGAGGUUUCCCGCGUUACAGGCUCACUGGCGUUGUGUACCACCACGGCAAGAAUGCGAGUGGCGGUCACUAUACCGUCGACCUUCGACGUCAGGAGGGCAAGGAAUGGAUCCGUAUGGAUGACACCAUUAUCCGUCGUGUCCGCGCAGAAGAAGUCGCAGAAGGCGGUGCCGAAGAGGAUCCCAAGGUCCUGGCUGCCGCUCUCGAACAGCACAAAAGCGACGCUGGCAAGAGCAAAAACUUCUUUGCCCAGAUCGACAUGGAAGAGGAGGAAACCGACAAGGGAGGUUGGAACCAGGUCAACGGGACAGAGAAGCAAAAGGAUGGGGCCAAGAAGUGGGCUGUCGCCGUCAACGGUGCGGCGACACCCAACUCAGCGGGUAAGAGGACGCCACUACCCAAGGAGAACGUGCGCGACAACAAGGUGGCAUACAUCUUGUUCUACCAGCGUAUCGAGACUUGA